AUGUUAUCAAUAUUUUCAUCAAAAAAUGACAUAGAAAAAGUUCGAAAUAUUUUACCAUUUAUUAAUAAUACAAAUAUCAUAAAUAAAAUUCAAAUUUCAAACGGUUCAACUUGUUUCUAUGUUGCAUGUUAUUAUGGACAUGGCGAUAAAGUAAAAAUUUUAUUAGAAUAUGGAGCUCUACGUUCGAUAAAAAAUUUACGACACAGUUUAAUACCUUAUGAAGAAGUUGAAAUAGAUAAUAUCAAAAAAUUAUUUUUACAUCAAAAAAGAUUAUUAUUUUCAAAGAAUGAUUAUGGUUAUAUUGAAUGGUCAAUGGAAGGCGAUGAUCUUCUUAGUAAAUGGCGUAAAUUUCGUCAAACUAUUGACUUCUAUAAAACCUAUGACAACUAUCAUAUAGUAUCAAAAUUAUGA